AUGACAGACAACUUCUUAAAUACCUCCGAUCAUGCCAAUGUUCUCAAACGCAAACAACCCCAGAAAAACGACGAAUGGGCCACCGGACCCGCCGCGGCGGCAUCCUCGACGGCAUCCUCGAACGCGUAUCUAGAAUCAACCAGUGCAACGACAUCUACAGAAUCUCGUCAAAAUACACCGGAAUCGCAGACCUCGCAGGAUACGCAAAACAAAAGAAAAAAGCCCACGCAAAGCAAAACGAAGGCUCCGAAAAAGAAAGCCCCCUCCACCCCUUGGCCAGAUGCGCUUCAACGCCUGUCGAAGACCCACCGCGCCCUCAAUCUCGUCUAUACUUUCUGCUGCACGCGUAAACACUUCGCAACUACAUUCGAUAAUAUCAAGCAAGCCGUCCAGGCACAGUUAGGUCAAGGCCAAGAAGUCACAAUUGAAGAUGUUGCGAGAGUUAAGGCGUUGAUCCCACAUGCAGUGCGGUUCGAAUAUGUCGAUGAAGCGCGGCUAGAGGUCAUGACUGUUGGAGAAAAAGACACCAGUGACUACGAGUUGAAACACAAUCGUACUUUUGGUACUUCGGAAGACUUGAGCGUGGAUAAUUCAGGUCAUAAUGACAACCUGGACAUAAAACGAGAUGUGCUAUUAUUCGAAUUCCUCGAUGGAGAUCUCAAGCGAGAGAUCCUGAAUCCUAAAACGGGAGAGCCAACUAAACCUUUCCGUCGAAUGAAAGAUGAGGACUUGAAAAUGCCAGUCUACAGUCAAAAGCAGAUGCUGAAACUCAUUGAAAAGCGAAACAAUAAAUUUUCUGAUGCUAUCAAUGCAUUUUUGGUCCGUUGCGAAGAUCAGACUAUUGACCCCGUUCUCUUGCUGGAACAAGAGAAAGAUACAUUCAUUCCUACACCUCCUGGGAGCGGAACAAAUACUCCCGCUGCAUCGAAGCCCCCAGCUACUAUUCCAAAGGAGCGCAAAUCGAUUGCCGAAAUCGUUGCAGAAAUUCGAGAUAUGGAGUGGUAUCAUGCCCAGAUCGUCCCAGAAGGUCACCGAGUAUUUGACGCUCAAUCCCCUAUUUAUGGCGAUUUGAAGUUCCAGCUCUCGCAAGAUCUCGUUAAUGCCUUGUACAAUACAAGAAACAUUACUCAACUAUAUUCUCAUCAGGCGGAAGCGAUCAAUCAUCUUUAUGAUGGUCAUAACGUCAUCGUUUCUACCUCAACAAGUUCCGGGAAAUCACUGAUCUACCAGAUUCCUAUGCUUCAUGAGCUGGAAAAGGAUCCCGAUAGCAGGGGAAUGUACAUUUUCCCUACUAAAGCUUUAGCACAAGAUCAAAGAAGGAGUAUGAUGGACCUUCUGCAAUAUAUGACCGCCUUCCAGCAUACAAUGGUUGAAACCUUCGACGGUGACACACCCAUGGCAAGUCGCAAUCUCAUUCGCGAUGAAGCACGGAUCAUCUUCACCAACCCGGAUAUGUUACAUGUUACUAUCUUACCUCAAGAAAAUGCCUGGCGCACAUUUUUGAAGAACCUCAAAUUUGUGGUCGUUGAUGAGCUUCAUGUCUAUAAUGGGCUAUUUGGAUCCCAUGUUGCGUUUGUGAUGCGGCGUCUUCGCAGAAUUUGUGCUGCGGUGGGCAAUCGACAUGUGAAAUUCAUAUCUUGCUCUGCUACCGUUUCGAAUCCAGAAACGCAUAUGAAGUCUAUCUUCGGCGUACAAGAUGUGAAACUUAUAGAUUUUGACGGCUCUCCGUCGGGUCGUAAGGAAUUUAUCUGCUGGAACACUCCAUUCAAAGAUCCAGCAGACCCAAGCUCUGGGCGCGGUGAUAGCGUCUCAGAGACGGCACGACUCUUCUGCCAAUUGAUUCUCAGAGGUGUUAGAGUGAUUGCUUUUUGCCGAAUCAGGAAACUGUGCGAGGUUCUUCUUCAAGCUGUUCGAAACGAAUUCAAGGCUCUCGAGCGGUCCGAAAUUGGUAAAAUGGUUAUGGGCUACCGAGGCGGAUAUAGUCCUCAAGACCGUCGCCAGAUUGAGCGAGAGAUGUUCGAAGGGAAGUUAAUGGGCAUCGUAGCCACCAAUGCCCUUGAACUGGGCGUUGACAUCGGCUCUUUAGACGCUGUCAUCACCUUGGGAUUUCCUUAUUCCAUCUCCAAUCUACGUCAGCAAAGCGGCCGUGCAGGAAGACGUAACAAGGACUCUUUGUCCGUCUUGGUUGGGGACAGAUAUCCAACAGAUCAGCACUACAUGCAAAAUCCGGACGAAAUUUUCACCCGGCCCAACUGUGAGUUACAGGUCGACCUAGCCAACGAGCUCAUCCUAGAAGGCCAUAUCCAAUGCGCCGCUUUUGAGGCACCUAUUCGCCCAGAUGAAGACCAAAUCUACUUCGGUGAACAACUCUACGCAGUAACAGCCACACGCCUCGUGAAAGACAACAUGGGCUUUUAUCACUGCCAUGAACGAUUUCGACCACAGCCUUCCCGCUGCGUCUCGAUCCGCGAUACAGAAGACCACCAUUUCGCCGUGAUCGACACAACCAACAACCGCAACGUGGUCCUUGAAGAAGUCGAGGCCUCGCGCGCCUUCUUCACAAUCUACGAAGGAGGUAUAUUCCUCCACCAAGGCGAAACAUACCUAGUCCAGGAACUAAACACAGAACGCUUCCUUGCCCGCGUUACCCGUGUCCACGUCGACUGGAGCACAAUGCAACGCGACUUCACAGACAUCGACCCCAUAGAAACCGAAAGUAUGCGAAUGAUAACUACGGAUCCAUCUGGCAACCGUGCAUUCUUCGGCGCCGUCCAAAUUCACGCCGUCGUAUACGGGUUCUUCAAGAUCGACAAGCGAGGCCGUGUCCUCGACGCAGUAGCAGUCGAUAACCCCCCAAUCGACAUAUUGACAAAAGGAAUGUGGCUCGAUGUCCCAUCAAAAGCAAUGGAAAUCCUCAAAUCACACAAACUGAACAUCGCAGCCGCCAUUCAUGCCGCAGAACACGCAGUGCUCUCUCUCCUUCCCUCCUUCGUCAUCUCCUCCCCCGGCGACGUCCGUACAGAAUGCAAAGUCGCCAAAAAGGAACUCGGUCGUUCGCUCCGUGUAGCUAAUGAGGCCUCUUCGUCUGAGAGGAAGGAGAUUCAGAAACUUCUCCAGCCACCUGCUCGUCAGAGACCGGCUCGUCUUACCUUUUAUGACGCGAAGGGUGGAUCUUGUGGGUCCGGAAUCGCUAGUAAGGCAUUUGAGUUUAUUGGAUUACUUCUUCGGAGGGCUGUUGCGCGUAUUGAGGCGUGUACGUGUCUUUCUCCGCAGGGUUGUGUGGAGUGUGUCUGUGAUGAACGGUGUAAGGAGAUGAAUGUUGUUAUGAGUAAGGCUGGUGCUGGUGUUAUUUUGAGAUGUUUGCUUGGUUGGGAUGUGGAUGUGGAUGCGUUGCCGUGGGGUGAAGAUGUUGAUGGGGAGGAAUUUGGUGGUGGUGCUGGUGAAUUGGCGGGUGGGUUGGAGACUGUAAUCCGAGCUGGGGAGAUUCCGUGGAAGGCUGGCUGUAGUGCUAGUGAGAGGGAGGGUUGA